AUGAUUCCUCAAACACCCCAGGAACCAGUUGGGCAGGCCAACAACCCAGUCGGGAAGCCAGAGAGCUCCGACCCGAACCUGGUGAGUAUGAAGCACCUCACCCAGGUACGGCACAGCGACCAAGCUGUGCACAAACAUCUCAGCCUGCGACCAGAAGUCCAGCUAGAGAUGACUUUGGUGCAAGAGCACCACACAAAUCUGCAGGAGCAGAUCCAGGCACCUCAGCCGAGAGUUGAGGGCGACCCUGAAGAAGGCCACACCAGCAAGGUAAGCAUCGCUGCCUGCACGGCCAUCCAGGAACCACACAGUGUUCCUGAUCUUGAAGAGAUGUCCUCUUCUGGCCUAACCAGCCGACACCUGCUCCAUGAUGCCCUCCAGCCGAUGGAGCAGAUGAACCCAGGUUAUCAGGAGACACUCGCUAGUAGCCUAGCGACCCCUGCAGGGGCAGUCUCCCAUUUCAUCAGUUCAGACGACCACCAGGCAACUCCACCAGCCUGCUUGGUGGACAUGGGUGCCCCACAAACAAGGGACGCACACCCACCAAUCUUCAGCCCCACCCCCUUGCGUUCUGAACGAAGAAAGGAGGAUUGCUGCCAGCUAGAAUGCACAACACACGUGCAUUCUGCCAGAGGAUAUGAAGGCAAUGCCAAUAUCCUAGCUCCAGGGAACAUAGCGCUAGAUGGUGAUAACAGGUCUCGCGUUAAGGUGAACGGCAAAACCGAACCCCAAAGACGCCGGCCACCUCGCCAGCAGAGCGAGCAACACAGCCAGGGGGGUGAUGACCAAAUCCACCCCCAGAGAAUAACCUUUGUAACUAAGAUCUUUGCCUGCAAUGAGGAAUUGCAGAGGAACCAAACGAUCCAUGGUCCGACAGACUUGAAGUCCCUCCUCUUUUACAGCUGUGACCAGAGAGUCACCUUGCACUGCAAACUGAGUAACCUCAACAUGCAGGAAUACAUGGACACUGCUCAGAAGUUUUGUGCAGGAACAUUGAAGGAAAGCAGCACUGAUGAAAAGUCUUUUUUUUUGGAGAAGCUGCCAUCCUGCUGUGCUUCUUGUCAGGACAUCCUGAAGGAUCCAGUCUCUACCAGCUGUGUACACUGGCUCUGCAGACGCUGCAUCACCUCAUACUGGGACCAGUCGGAUUCAUCAGGAGAGUCCUCCUGUCCCCAGUGUGGACAAAGAUCCAGAACAGGACCUGGAGCUCAGACAGCAGGUCAGAGCAGCUCUGUGCAGAGUAAGACUGAACUUCUGUUCUAGAAGAACUCCAGUCUGAGGAGGAGAUGUGAAAGUGUGGCUGAAGGAAGUAAUGAAAGAGGAAGUGAAACCAUCCUCAACAGGAUUUUCACUGAGCUCUGCAUCACAGAGGGACAGAGUGAAGAGGUCAAUACCCAACAUGAGGUAAGGCAGCUCGAGACAACUUUCAAGAAGAGGACCCUCCAUGAAACUCCCAUCAAGUCCCACGACAUCUUUAAAGCCGGACCCGACCAGCAGAGACGCAUUAGAUUUGUCCUGACAAACGGCGUCGCUGGCGUUGGAAAAACCUUCUUGGUGCAGAAGUUCACUCUGGACUGGGCCGAGGGUUUGGAAAACCAAAACGCCAGUCUGCUGAUUCUGCUUUUGUUCAGGGAGCUGAACCUGAUCAAAGAUGAGCAGCACAGUCUUCUCAUGCUGCUCCAUGUUUUCUAUCCAACAUUACAGAAGGUCACAGCGGAGAAGCUCGCUGUCUGUAGACUGUUGUUCAUCUUUGACGGCCUGGAUGAAAGCAGACUUUCUCUGGAUUUCAACCAGGGGGAGGUUGUGUCUGAUGUCACACAGAGGUCAUCAGUCAACGAGCUGCUGACGAACCUCAUCCAGGGGAAUCUGCUUCCCUCCAAUCUCGUCUGGAUAACCUCCCGACCUGUGGCGGCCAAUCAGAUCCCUUCUACUUGUGUUGACAGGGUAACAGAGGUACGACGCUUCACUGAAGCCCAGAAGGAGGAAUACUUCAUGAGAAUGUUCAGUGAUGAAGAGCUGUCCAGCAGAAUCAUCUCACAUGUGAAGACGUCCAGGAGCCUCCACAUCAUGUGUCUAAUCCCAGUCUUCUGCUGGAUCAAUGCUACAGUUCUGGAGCAUAGGUUGACCACAGACCAGAGAGAAGAGCUGCCCAAGACCCUGACUGACCUGUACUCACACUUCCUGCUUGUUCAGACAAAGAAGAAGAAAAUCAAGUAUCAUGAAGGACAUGAGAUGAGUCCUGAGAGAGAGAAGCUGACGGAGGCUGACAAGGAAGUUCUCCUGAAGCUGGGGAGGCUGGCGUUUGAACAUCUGGAGACAGGAAACAUCAUGUUCUACCAAGAAGACCUGGAGCACUGUGGUCUUGACGUCACAGAGGCCUCGGUGUACUCAGGAGUUUGUACUGAGAUCUUCAGAAGAGAGAGUGUGAUCUUCCAGAAAACCGUCUACUGCUUUGUUCAUCUGAGCGUUCAAGAGUUCCUGGCUGCAGUCUACAUGUCCCACUGUUACACCCACAGAAACACAAAAGUUGUGGACGAUUUCCUGGGAAAAAAUUGGAACAACACACAACGUGACUCUACUCUGGAAGAGUUCCUGACGACGACCAUGCAGAAAUCCUUUGAAAGUCAAAAUGGCCACCUAGAUCUGUUUGUUCGAUUCCUUCAUGGCCUCUGUCUGGAGUCCAACCAGAGACUCUUAAGAGGCCUGCUGGGUCAGACAGAGAACGAUCCAGAGAUCAUCCAGAGAAUCAUCGACAAGCUGAAAGAGAUCAACAAUGAUAAAAUCUCUUCUGACAGAAGCAUCAACAUCUUCCAAUGUCUGAUGGAGAUGAACGACAUCUCAGUACAUCAAGAGAUCCAAGAGUUCCUGAAGUCAGAGAACAAAUCAGAGAAGGAACUCUCUGUGAUCUACUGCUCCGUUCUGGCCUACAUGCUGCAGAUGUCAGAGGAGGUUCUGGACGAGUUGAACCUGAAGAAGUAAAAAGCAUCAGUGGAGGGACGACUCAGACUGAUCCCAGCUGUGAGAAACUGCAGAAAGGCUCGAUUUAUUCGCUGUGGACUCUCAGAGACGCACUAUAAAGUCAUGGCCUCAGCUCUGAAGUCCAACCCCUCCCACCUCACAGAACUGCACCUGAGUAAAAACAACCUGUGGGAUGGAGUGAGGUCUUUGUAUGUUGGACUGGAGAGUCCACAUUGUAGACUGGAGACUCUGAGGUUGAUUUGCUGCAGGUUGUCAGAGAUCAGCUGUUCUUCUCUGGCCUCAGCUUUGAAGUCCAACCCCUCUCACCUGAAACAACUGGACCUGAGCCGCAACAAGCUGCAGGAUUCAGGAGUGAAGGGGCUGUGUGGUUUUCUGGAGAGUCCACACUGUAGAUUGGAGACUCUGAGGUUGGAAAGCUGUAGUUUGUCAGAAAUCAGCUGUUCUUCUCUGGCCUCAGCUUUGAAGUUCAACCCCUCCCGCCUGAGAGAACUGAAGCUGAGUGACAACGAGCUGCAGGAUUCAGGAGUGAAGGAGCUGUGUGGUCUUCUGGGAAGUCCACACUGUCUACUAGAGACUCUGAGGUUGAGGAGGUGAAGGUUGUCAGGGAUCAGCUGUUCUUCUCUGGCCUCAGCUCUGAAGUCCAACCCCUCCCACCUGAGAGAACUGGAGCUGAGCCUCGAGCUGCAGGAUUCAGGAGUGAAGAAGCUGUGUGGUUUUCUGGAGAGUCCACACUGUAGACUGGAGACUCUGAGGUCAGACACCAUGUUUAGACUGUAUAUUGUUAUUGAUAAAACUCAGGUGUGCUGGUGUCUUUAAACGUCAGUGGUGACCAUCUGACCAAAUGUGUUCAACUAGUUCAUAAAUUCAACUCAGCACUUUCACAGACUGGACAGAGACGAACUUUUGAUGAUUCAGAGCAGUGAUUGAAGAUGUCGUCUGUGUUCACACAUACAAGGCUGCUUAUAGAAACAUGAGUGAGGACAAAACCACAAGGAUGCACAAGAGAGAAAAGUCAUUUAUUCUGAUGUUUCACAUGUUUUAUUCAUCAUAUGAUUCGCCACAUUGUAAACCUGCA